AUUAGAGUUUUUCUUAAAUAAAACUAGUCUAUGCUUUUACAUCAAUUAUUGAAUCGUAAACCUUUAUAAUAUUUAUAGAACUAAAUUAUCAAUUUAAAAUAUAGUUUAAAAUGGGAGAGCCGGAAGGUAAAAAAAGCAAAGUGUCAAUGAUGUUAAUAAGCCAGUCUCAAAGCCGUUCAAUAGCGGGUAUGAAGUCGAUGAGCAGAAUGAAAGUAAGACGAGCAUCCUUUGGAUUCACUGGCGUACCUGGAAUUCGGCCUGUAGAAAGGACAUCACAGCUUGGUAUAGAAUUUAAACGUCCACCACAAUUAUACUUAAAUACCUAUCAGCUGGAUCCUUACGUAAAGUUCCACAUACCGACUGUUAAGUUUGCUACUGAUGCAAUAUUGGAUGAAUAUUUCACUGAACAUAAAUACAAUGUUCAGGAAUCUCCAGCUAUAGCUCUUCGGAUUGCUGGUGAAUUGAUGCGUAGAGUUAAAACUAUGCCAUUUAACCGCUAUCGUAUCAUCACUGUGGUAACAAUUGGUCAGAAAAGAGCCCAGAGCUAUAACAAUGCUGUUUCUUUUUUGUGGGACUACGAAAGAGAUAAUUACGUCGACGUUCAAAGAGAAGUCGCUACAGCUUUCAUUCAAGUUACUACGUUUGGGAUAUAUCUUGAUUGAAAAACAUCUUGCACUGA